CAUAGGAGAAAAUGUGAAAAAUUACAGACAAGAAAAUUGACACAAAGCCUACCAUCUCCACUACACAGAGACUACCAGUGUUAGCUUAAGCCCUCCAACACCUGACCAACACCCUGAGGUGGUAGAAGUUGCCAGGGACAGAUAACAUGGCAGCCAGCGGGAAGACCAGCAAGUCCGAACCGAACCAUGUUAUCUUCAAGAAGAUCUCCCGGGACAAAUCGGUGACCAUCUACCUGGGGAAGAGAGACUACAUAGACCAUGUCAGCCAAGUCCAGCCUGUGGAUGGUGUCGUGUUGGUUGAUCCUGAUCUUGUGAAAGGAAAGAAAGUGUAUGUCACUCUGACCUGCGCCUUCCGCUAUGGCCAAGAGGACAUUGACGUGAUUGGCUUGACCUUCCGCAGGGACCUGUACUUCUCCCGGGUCCAGGUGUAUCCUCCUGUGGGGGCCGCGAGCACCCCCACAAAACUGCAAGAGAGCCUGCUCAAAAAGCUGGGGAGCAACACGUACCCCUUUCUCCUGACGUUUCCUGACUACUUGCCCUGUUCAGUGAUGUUGCAGCCAGCUCCGCAAGAUUCAGGGAAGUCCUGUGGGGUUGACUUUGAGGUCAAAGCAUUCGCCACAGACAGCACUGAUGCCGAAGAGGACAAAAUCCCCAAGAAGAGCUCUGUGCGAUUACUGAUCCGCAAAGUACAGCAUGCGCCACUUGAGAUGGGUCCCCAGCCCCGAGCUGAGGCGGCCUGGCAGUUCUUCAUGUCUGACAAGCCCCUGCACCUUGCGGUCUCUCUCAACAAAGAGAUCUAUUUCCAUGGGGAGCCCAUCCCUGUGACCGUGACUGUCACCAAUAACACAGAGAAGACCGUGAAGAAGAUUAAAGCAUUCGUGGAACAGGUGGCCAAUGUGGUUCUCUACUCGAGUGAUUAUUACGUCAAGCCUGUGGCUAUGGAGGAAGCGCAAGAAAAAGUGCUGCCAAACAGCACUUUGACCAAGACGCUGACGCUGCUGCCCUUGCUGGCUAACAAUCGAGAAAGGAGAGGCAUUGCCCUGGAUGGGAAAAUCAAGCAUGAGGACACGAACCUUGCCUCUAGCACCAUCAUUAAGGAGGGCAUAGACCGGACCGUCCUGGGGAUCCUGGUGUCUUACCAGAUCAAGGUGAAGCUCACAGUGUCAGGCUUUCUGGGAGAGCUCACCUCCAGUGAAGUCGCCACUGAGGUCCCAUUCCGCCUCAUGCACCCUCAGCCUGAGGACCCAGGUCAGUUAUGUCCUUUUUUGGCUUUCUUUAAUUAUUUACUACUUGCAGAUUUAUUGUUGAUGUAUUUCUAGUCUUUCUUGACCACACCUCAGAGCAUGGGAGUGGCCAGGUGGAAGAGAUUCCAUGUCAUCUACAAGGCGAAUAGUCUCGGGGGAAGGGAGGGCCCAUCUGUUCAGCGCUGAGCUGGGUAGAUUAUCCACCUUCAGCUGGAGUCUGCAGGACGUAGCAUCCUUGCUCUUGGACAGGGACAAUCUCGUGAGGUUUUAUCAAGAAUGAUUUAACAGCAGAAGCUCUGCUGUCAACAGACCUGGAUUUAGAAUUAAAGAUGAUUUAAGUAAAAACUUAAUUUGAGAGCACGAGGAUUUUGCAUUUCAUUUGGAAACAAAAGGCCUCAUGUUGCAUUUGAAAGCAUUAACAGACAUUUAAAAGAAGAUAAUUUUUUGUUUUUUUGAG